AUGAGUCUGCAGCAGCAGCAGCAGCAGCAGAUGCAGCAGCAGCAGAUGCAGCAGCAGCACAUGCAGCGGAAAUCGCCGCAGCAAGGGAAAGCGGGCACGAGCUGGAGCAGCAGCAGCAGCAGCAACAGAGACGCAGAAGCAGCAGCAGCAGACAAGCAGAAGCAGCAGCAACAGAGACGCAGAAGCAGCAGCAAAAGCGACGCAGAAGCAGCAGCAACAGAGACGCAGAAGCACCGGCACCAGAGACGCAGAAGCAGCAGCAACAGCAGCAGCAACAGCAGCAGCAACAGCAGCAGCACACCCACUCACAGCUGCAGCACAUCCACUGGCCGCAGCAGCACAGCCACCAGCAGCACCGUCAGCAGCAGCAGCGCAGCCACCAUCUGCAGCAGCACAGCCACCAGCAGCAGCCCCACAAGCAGCAGCAGCAGCAGCAGCAGUAGCAGCAGCAGCAAACUUACUAGCAGCAUGCAGAAGGCCCCGCAAGGGUCUUUGGUGAACCAGAUCUUCGUCUCCUCCAUUGUGGUGUACGUACACCUCAGAAAGAAGCGACAGGCGCUCUAG